AUGGAUGACGAUUUCGUAAGGGACGCACGAAAGGGGAAGGCAAAGCUUGAAGAAGAAGAUCCAGAUCCAAAGCCAAAUCCAUACGCUAUGCUGCCUGAACCAAUAACAAAAAGCUAUAGCAAUUUGGGUGAAGAUGUCAUCUAUCUGAAACAUUUUGGUCCACCAAGAAACUAUGCAGAAAUUGCAGUCGAUACUCCAGAAGCAGUGAAGAAGAUACAAUUUAGAUUUCGUGAGAAAGAAUUUAACAGGAUUCUUGGGAAACGUGAUGCAAGGAUAAUCAACAUUCAAAGUGUCUCAGGAGCCACAAUUGGGCUUCUUUCUGAUACUUCAUCCAAGAUUCGUCGCCAGUUAUAUCUAGAACUUCUGGGUACUGCUGAUCAAAUCAAGACUGCUGAACUCCUCAUUACAGAUGUAAUUACAGAGGGUUAUGAAAAGCCAUUUUUCCCAAGAGCUUUAAUGCCAGCAAAUAUCUAUCAUUAUCGAAGACCCAUUUUUGUAACCCAAGUUGUCGCUUUCUUGGGCUUCAAUAACAGCAAUGUUUUGAAAAUGGAAUCAGAAUCCAAUACUUGGAUAGAGGUGGAUACAUAUCCUCCUGAAGGGUUACUCAUGAUGAGAAUGGUCAACAUGUAUGGUCAACGGCUAGAUGUUGCUAAUGCGAUCAUGAUGAUUAAUGAUUGGGUUGAAGAGUAUGAAUCUGGGAAGAUGAAGGAAGAUGAAAAACAGAAAGAUGAUUCUGGAAUUAAAGAAGGUGGUGAUGAAUUAGGAAAUGAAGCAGAAGGUUAA